AGGAUGAAAGUUAUAUUACUUCUCGCCAUGGUGGCGUUUGCAGCAGCAACGCCUGCCAUCAAGGAACAAUGGACCUCUUUUAAGAGACAACAUGGAAAAUCAUACCACAGUAUUGAAGAAGAACGUCUUAGGAUGAAUAUUUUUAAUCAUAAUCAGAAAAAGAUCGAAGAACAUAACGCCAAAUUCGAAGCUGGUCUGGUAACUUACUCUAUGAAGAUGAAUCAUUUAGGAGAUAUGCUCCCAGAAGAAGUGGCCCAUUUGGGAUUAAAAAGAAAAAGCGAGAUGAGGCAAGUACCCAGCUUCACAUUCCUUCCUCCCGCUAACGUGGAAAUCCCAAAGUCAAUUGAUUGGAGGCAGUCUGGUGCUGUUACUCCUAUGAAAGACCAAGGUCAUUGUGGAUCUUGUUGGGCUUUCAGCAGUACUGGAGCUGUAGAAGGUCAACUUUUCAGGAAGACUGGAAAACUUGUCUCUCUCAGCGAACAGCAGCUUGUGGAUUGUUCGGAUGGUUACGGUAAUGGUGGAUGUGAUGGCGGAUUUAUGGACAGCUCUUUUAACUAUCUAAAGGAUGUUGAAGGAUUGGAAAGCGAAAAUUCAUAUCCUUAUGAAGCAAAAAACAACACAUGUAGGUACAACAAAGAUAAAGUAGUGCCAGGAACCAAAGUCAAAGCUUACUAUGACAUUAAGGAAUUGGAUGACGACGCUCUUUUGGCUGCCGUAGCUACAGUGGGACCCAUCUCUGUAGGAGUAACUGCUGCCAACGAUGGUUUCUUGUACUAUGAAAAAGGUAUUUUUGAUGGGGAAUCAUGCGGGGGUGAUAUAACCCACGCAAUACUCCUGGUCGGCUACGGAUCUGAAAACGGUGAAGACUACUGGCUCGUCAAGAACUCCUGGGGCCUAGAUUGGGGAGAGGAUGGCUACAUGAAGAUGACAAGAUCCAUUAAAAACGUUUGCGAAAUUUCAUCUAUGGCCAGUUAUCCAAUCCUGUCGUAAGGUUCAGAAGCAAUUUAUAUAUUUAUCUUAUCUUAUCACUGUCUGUUACAUUGGUACUUCGUUAUUUGGUGCUUCAUUAAAUUUUGGACCAAACAAAUUUAGAAAAGAAUUAAAAAAUGUCAAUUAUAAGGAACUUUAAAUAUUCAAAUAAAU